AUGACGCCGUCUGAGCACGAUACAGGCAAGGAUCCCGCUUUGGGAACUGAUGCUGCUGGUCCAUCUACGGAAAAGAAAAAGCCUGGUGACUACCUUACGGCGAUUCUGGACCGGAAGAAGGCUCCGAACCGGCUGAUUGUCGACGAGGCUACGCAAGAUGACAACUCAAUCGUGUGUCUGUCGCCGGCGAAAAUGGAAGAACUGCAGCUGUUUCGUGGGGAUACGGUGCUACUGAAAGGGAAAAAGCGUCGUGAUACUGUAUGCAUCGUCCUGGCCGACGAGGAGUGCGAAGACGCCAAGAUUCGUAUGAAUCGGGUGGUGCGCAACAACCUGCGCGUGCGCCUUGGCGACCUGGUAAGCGUGCAUACGCUGCCUGACGUGAAGUACGGGCGGCGUAUCCACGUGCUUCCGUUUGCGGACACCGUCGAAGGGGUGACUGGAAACCUCUUCGACGUCUACCUGAAACCUUAUUUCUUGGAUGCGUACCGCCCUGUUCGUAAGGGCGACACGUUCCUCGUGCGAGGAUUUCGCUCGGUCGAGUUCAAGGUCGUGGAGACGGAUCCUGAUGAAUACUGCAUAGUAGCUCCAGAUACAGUGAUCCACUGUGAGGGUGAACCCAUUAACCGAGAGGACGAGGAGCGUCUGGACGACGUCGGGUACGAUGAUAUCGGAGGUGUUCGCAAGCAACUUGCGCAGAUCAGAGAGCUAGUGGAGCUGCCGCUGCGCCAUCCGCAGUUGUUCAAGAGCGUUGGGAUCAAGCCACCGCGGGGAGUGCUAAUGUACGGGCCGCCUGGCUGCGGAAAAACGCUCAUUGCCCGCGCAGUCGCCAAUGAGACAGGAGCAUUCUUUUUUCUCAUCAACGGGCCAGAAAUCAUGAGCAAACUGGCUGGUGAGUCGGAAUCGAAUUUACGCAAGGCAUUCGAAGAGGCCGAGAAGAACGCCCCCUCCAUCAUCUUUAUCGACGAAAUCGAUUCUAUUGCACCGAAAAGGGAAAAGUCGCACGGCGAGGUGGAACGGCGCAUCGUAUCACAGCUCUUGACGCUGAUGGACGGCUUGAAAAGCCGCUCCCAUGUGAUCGUCAUCGCAGCUACGAACCGGCCGAAUUCAGUGGAUCCUGCACUGAGGCGUUUCGGACGUUUUGACCGCGAGAUCGACAUUGGUGUUCCCGAUGAGAACGGACGGCUGGAGAUUCUGCGUAUCCACACGAAGAACAUGAAACUGGACCCGGAUGUUGAUUUAGAACGCAUCGCACACGAGACUCAAGGCUUUGUGGGCGCGGAUAUCGCGCAGUUGUGCACAGAGGCCGCCAUGCAAUGCAUCCGAGAGAAGAUGGACAUAAUCGACCUGGAAGAUGAGAAGAUUGAUGCUGAAGUGCUCGACUCGCUUGCAGUGACGCAGGAGCACUUCAAUUUUGCUCUGGGCACCACGAAUCCGAGCGCUUUACGCGAGACUGCAGUUGAGGUGCCCAAUGUGACCUGGGAGGAUAUCGGUGGACUGGAGAAUGUCAAGCGGGAGCUACAGGAGACUGUGCAGUUCCCGAUUGAGUAUCCGCAUUUGUUCGAGGCAUAUGGUCUGUCUCCGAGCCGCGGGGUCCUUCUUUACGGACCACCAGGUUGUGGUAAGACGCUGCUAGCAAAGGCGAUUGCGAACGAGUGCCAGGCUAAUUUCAUUUCAGUGAAAGGACCCGAACUGCUGACCAUGUGGUUCGGUGAGAGUGAGAGCAACGUUCGCGACGUCUUCGACAAAGCACGACAGGCAGCACCCUGCGUGCUCUUCUUCGACGAGCUGGACGCCAUUGCUCGCUCCCGGGGUGGCAGCCUGGGCGACGCUGGAGGUGCCGGUGAUCGCGUCAUCAACCAGCUCUUGACAGAAAUGGACGGUGUUGGCGCGCGAAAGAACGUUUUCGUAAUCGGCGCCACCAACCGCCCGGAUACCUUGGAUUCCGCAAUCAUGCGGCCGGGUCGUUUGGAUCAGCUCGUUUACGUGCCGUUACCCGACCACAAAUCUAGAGUGGCUAUCUUCAAGGCGAAUCUGCGGCGAUCACCUGUCGCCGAAAACGUGGACUUUGAUGAGCUGGCCACCGCGACUCAGGGCUUCUCCGGCGCCGACAUCACCGAAAUCUGUCAACGCGCCUGCAAACUCGCGAUUCGCGAGACUAUCAGUAAGCAGAUCGAGAAAAAGCGUGCAGAUGCCGACAUUCAGGCCAUGGAAACUGACAGCGGCCCGACUGCCGUCCCGGUGCUCGACGAGGAGCCCGUCGAUGCCUUGCUGACUCGGGCACAUUUCGAGGAGGCGAUGCGCCAUGCACGGCGCUCGGUGAACGAUGCCGAUAUCCGCAAAUACGAGAUGUUCGCGCAACAAAUCCAACAGAGUCGAGGUUUCGGUGAGUUCAAGUUCAGCGAUGCUUCUGGAACCGGGUCCGGUCCAGGUCUAUCGUCGGAGACAGCAGCACGGUUUGGUAGCGGUGGCGGUGGCGCUCCGGGCUCGGCACCAGGCGCUGGUGGUGGUGGUGGUAGCGGUGGCCUCGCGGGCACUGGUAACAACAACAACAAUGCACCGGACGAUGAUCUCUAUAGCUGA